CCCCUGGUGUUCCCUAAGAGCCGCCAUCUGUCCUCUACCUUCCUUCAGUCACUCUAUCUGACCAGCCUGUUCUCCGAGGUCUUGCUGCUCUUCGUUUUCUGCUCGCUCCGCUCCACAUCCAGCAGUUGUCCUUGCCCUCGUUAGUCCACGUCAUAUAUUCCACGAUGGCCUUCGCUGCGCACGCGACUCACCAAUUGGCGGCUUCCUCCAGCUUUCUCGCCGGGUCGUCUCUAUCUGUCAGAAGCAGAGGGUUGGCUACCAGGAGCGUUCGGCCGUCUUUGACCGUCAGAGCAAAUGUGGACGUGAGUCCGGAGGACCACGCGUUGGAGAUUAUGCGGAAGUUCAGCGAGCAGUACGCGCGACGCACGGGCACAUACUUCUGCGUUGACAAGGGUGUCACGUCUGUGGUGAUCAAGGGAUUGGCGGAGCACAAGGACACUCUCGGAGCUCCGUUGUGUCCUUGCAGGCACUACGACGACAAGGUGGCGGAGGCGCAUCAAGGUUUUUGGAAUUGCCCAUGUGUGCCCAUGAGGGAGAGGAAGGAAUGCCACUGCAUGCUCUUCCUCACAGAGGACAAUGACUUCGCUGGCAGAGAGCAGGCUAUUACAUUGACUGAGAUCAAGGACUUCACUGCUGGCUUUUAGGCUUUCCUGCCUGAAAUAUUGUGUGAUUUGAGCUGAAAUGUCCACACAUACUUCGACUGAACCACUUCCAACAUGCAACUACUGUACCAGCUUUACUAGACACCCGUCCCUCCCGCCUUCUCUCACUUCGACGUACUCUGAAUUUCCUGUCGAUAUUUUGCACGCCGAAAUUCAUAAGUGUUGUAGUUGACACAUUCGUUACAAGAAGGUUGCUAUUUGAAGGCCAUUUGGAUGGCCCUUCUCUGGGCGACAAUAAUUGCCGUAAAUCCAUAAGAGGGAAUGUUUGUACAGCCUACCAUUAGCUGUACUGAGAUAAGGCCACUUC